AGAUCAUCUUCACUUCAGCAUUCCACUCUUAAUAAAUAAAGCUGAAGUGUGCUUGCGACAUCAAGACACGGAUAUCAUCAUUCUGUCAAUAUUUUGCUGGGAAAAGUUCUCUGUAAUAUCCUGUAACGAUGUCGGGCAGCGCGGGUUACGACAGGCAUAUCACAAUUUUCUCGGACCAAGGGAGACUGUAUCAAGUCGAGUAUGCUUUCAAAGCAAUCACAGCGGCCAACAUUACAUCCCUUGGAGUAAGAGGAAAGAACUGCGCUGUAGUUUUGUCGCAGAAGAAAGUUCCAGACAAGCUGAUAGAUCCAUCCUCCGUAUCACAUGUCUUCAAAAUAUCACCAAACGUUGGUUGCGUUGUUACCGGUUCUAUAGCCGAUGGAAGAGCGUCAGUUGAUCGUGCCCGGGGUGAGGCCGCUGAGUUCAAAUAUAAGUUUGGGUAUGAAAUGCCGUGCGACGUCCUAGCAAAGCGUAUAGCCAAUAUCAGCCAGGUCUACACGCAAAGAGCCUACAUGAGACCCUUGGGCGUUGCGACGACCUUGAUAUCGGUUGAUUCGGAAUAUGGACCUCAACUAUUCAAAUGUGACCCAGCUGGGUACUACGUCGGAUAUCGCGCAACUGCAUCCGGACCAAAACAACAAGAGAUUCUUAACCACUUGGAGAAGAAGUUGAAGAACAAGGAAUAUGCAGACGGGACAUGGGAAGAUGUUGUAGAGCUUGCCAUCACAGCGCUCAGCACCGUGCUCAGUGUUGACUUCAAAAAGGGCGAGAUUGAAAUUGGAAUUGUGGGAGGCCCGCGCGCCGAUGGCAAAGAAGGGACGCAGUCAGAGUUCCGCACGCUGACUGAAGACGAGAUCGACGAGAGGCUACAAGCAAUCAGCGAGAAGGAUUGAUUCUAACCUCAGCUCAACACCCUUGAACGCCUACGAUCGUUUGGAUACAGCCUGUCUAUGUGAUAGCAACGGGGGAUAUUUCCUCCAGGAAACUUUGUCGGGUAGACUUUUGCCAUCCUCUUUCUCCAUUCCAAUCAAUGUGAAGUUCCAGCGCCUCGGAUUUCUUGAUUUGUUUCAGGACCAUUGACUAUCCGUGUUAGUAGAAGACUUUAAAUAGAUUGGACCUUUGCAGGUGCAUUCUACCGAUCGUGCCCAAUGGCCUGCCCGUUCAAUCAUCAGGGAGGCAGAGCUUCGUAUGAUAAUCUAUUUUAAUCGCAACUUGCAUUACAUUGG